UUAUUCAAUAGAUGGCAGCACAGUUUAGUCUUUUAGUAUCAUGCGACAUUUCAGCUUUAGACGUAAUAACCAAACUUUGUUCUUGCAUAUUUGAAAUAUUAAUUACAGUAUAUUAAAUUCUUUACAUUAAUUGGAUUACUCGUUAAGUUUGAUUACAUCAUAAGAAUGUCUGGUCGUGAAGGAGGUAAGAAAAAGCCUCUUAAGGCACCGAAAAAGGAACAAAAAGUUUUGGAUGAAGAAGAUCUAGCAUUCAAGCAAAAGCAAAAGGAGCAACAGAAAGCACUUGCUGAAGCUGCUAAGAAAGCAAGUCAAAGAGGACCUCUUGUAACAGGCGGUAUAAAGAAAUCUGGCAAAAAAUGAUUUAUUUAAGACUGAUGAAAGAUGCAAUCAAUAUGCACACCAUGUUCUUAUCAAGACAUGAUUUUGAUAUUAUUAACUAGUAUACCAUCCAAUUUUGGAUUUCCUACACACUGAUAAAUAAUUAAUAUCUGUAAAUAAAACAUUUAUGAACCGAAUCACAGCAAUAUAUGCAUUUCAUAGGUAUUUGCAUUUUUAUCGUUGAACAAUUUAAUAUGUUUCAUAUGUUUGUAAUUGUUCUAUUUAAGUAUUAAGUAUGGAUAAUAAUAAAGUAAUAAAAUUCUUAUUAAAUAA